GCUGGGGGGGCUCUUCCAAGAUGGCGGACGGGGCGCUGAGCCCCGGCGUGAACCUGGAGGCGUUCGCCCAGGCCAUCGCCGCCAUCCAGGCCCUGCGCUCCAGCGUCACCAGGGUCUUCGACUGCCUCAAGGAUGGGAUGCGCAACAAGGAGACCCUGGAGGGCCGCGAGAAGGGCUUCAUGGCCGCCUUCCAGGAGAGCCUGCACUCCGUCAGCCGCGACCUGGGUGAACUGGAGCGUCUGAGCAACCUGGUUGGGAAACCUUCUGAGAACCACCCCCUGCACAACAGUGGGCUCCUGAGCCUUGACCCUGUGCAGGACAAGACCCCUCUUUACAGCCAACUUCUUCAAGCCUACAAAUGGUCAAACAAGCUGCAGUACCAUGCUGGGCUGGCAUCUGGCCUUUUGAAUCAGCAGUCCCUGAAGCGUUCGGCCAACCAGAUGGGAGUCUCUGCAAAGCGCAGACCCAAAGCCCAGCCAACAACUCUUGUCUUACCUCCUCAAUACGUUGAUGAUGUGAUCAGUCGGAUUGAUAGGAUGUUCCCUGAAAUGUCUAUCCAGCUAUCCCGGCCAAAUGGAACCUCUGCAAUGCUUCUGGUUACCUUAGGAAAAGUGUUAAAAGUGAUAGUGGUGAUGAGGAGCCUCUUCAUUGACCGGACAAUCGUCAAAGGGUACAACGAGAAUGUCUACACUGAAGAUGGCAAGCUUGACAUAUGGUCUAAAUCCAACUAUCAAGUUUUUCAGAAGGUGACAGAUCAUGCAACCACUGCCCUGCUGCACUACCAGCUGCCUCAGAUGCCAGAUGUGGUGGUCAGGUCCUUCAUGACCUGGUUAAGAAGUUACAUAAAGCUGUUCCAGGCUCCGUGCCAGCGCUGCGGAAAGUUUCUGCAGGAUGGCCUUCCACCCACGUGGAGGGAUUUCCGAACGCUGGAAGCUUUUCAUGACACCUGCAGGCAGUAGUAGCCCAGAUGAGACCGUGAGGAGUCAACACUCUGCUCUUGGGAGGGCACUGGUGGCCUGGGAGGUGGUUCCAUUUCUGAACCUUUCACCUGUAUGAAGCACUGAGGUUGCACUAAUACCUUUGACUCUUUAAAAGCCGUUGGUCUGCAGGGCACAUGUGAGACUGAGUGAGAUCUGAUCAUAACAAUCUACUCCCUAAUGAAAAUAUCCAUGUACAGUUUGUGGUUUGAGACAGAAUUUGCAACGUUGAAGACUUUUAUAAGCUUGAAAUAUAUUUUGUAUUCCCAAA